AUGGCGGCAACCAAAAAAACAUACAUUGUCGAGCACCUCGAUGAGGAGCUGGGCCCAUGGUCCGAACUCGAAUACAUCGCCAUUGCUGAGGAGUCACAAGGUGCAGGUAGCGCCUUUGUCCUGUCAUCACUCCCGCAGAGCUUUGUUGCGCCCGAACCACUCCAAGCCAUUCCUGCCUUCAAGGCCGAGAACCGGGGAGUGGAGGAAUUGUAUGCUCAGGAUAAGACGCGAGUGUGUCUUUUGGAUCCCGCUGCCGCACAGGACCUCAGCCCGGAAGAUGGUGACAAGUUUGACGUAUUCCUGUUUGGGGGUAUUUUGGGUGAUGACCCGCCAAGGGAUAGGACAUCAGAGCUGCGUAAAAAGGGCUUCGAGGGUAGACGGCUCGGCUCGAAGCAGAUGACAACGGACACUGCCGUUCGAGUGACUAGAAUUGUUGCCGAGCAAAAGACUGCUCUCGAGGAUAUUCCUUACUUGGAUUUUCCCGAACUCAAGUUCAACGAUCAUGAAAGCACUGAGAUGCCGUUCCGCUAUGUGAAGGGUGAAGACGGCAAACCGAUUAUGCCAAAGGGAAUGGUUGAACUUAUCAAGAAGGAUGCCGACAAGGCCAUUGAUGAUCUGUUCUGA